GCGCUGGGCAGGGCGGGCUCCGCCGCCGCUCCCGGGGCGCCGCUCCGCAGCGGAGGCGGCGGGGAAGCGGCACAAGAGCGCGGCGCCUCCGCUGCACCCCGGCUUCUGAUGCCCCUUCGCGACUGCACGCCAGCCCGGCGGCCGCGGCUCCGGGAGGAUGCGGCUCUUCCUCCUCGCUGCAACUUUCUGGGGAUUGUGCCUGGCGCCAGGUUCGGGUUUGCAAAUACAGUGUUACCAGUGCGAGGAGUUCCAGCUAAAUAAUGACUGCUCCUCCCCAGAGUUCAUCGUGAACUGUACGGUGAAUGUUCAAGAUAUGUGUCAGAAAGAAGUAAUGGAAAAAAGUUUUGGGAUCAUGUACCGCAAGUCCUGCGCCUCCUCGGCCGCGUGCCUGAUCGCCUCUGCUGGCUACCAGUCCUUCUGCUCCCCUGGCAAGGUCAACUCCGUCUGCAUCAGCUGCUGCAACACCCCCCUCUGCAAUGGACCCCGCCCCAAGAAGAGGGGCAACUCUGCUGCGGUGCCCAGGGCACACAUCAUAACCACUCUUCUGCUCCUUAAAUUGGCUCUGUUGUUUUCGUACUGCUAAACUUCAA